GGAAGCGCCCGGGGACUCCCCAAAGCGCCGCCGCUCGCACCGCCAUCGCCGCCAUCGGGGCCUCGGUGACUGGGCUGCCCGCCGCGCUGCCUGCGCCGGCCAGGGUGUCCGGGUGUCCGCCAGGGCAAGACGAGUGCGCGCGCGGGCUGCGGGGCCCCAUCCGGGAGGAGAUCUGACCUACUGCUGGGGUCCGACCUGGGGUAGGAGCCUCUGGGCCUGGCGUAAAACAUAUCUUCGUGCGAGGUUUAAAAAAAGAUAAAGAGAGAUGCUGGAAGCCCUGCUGCUGACGUUCUCACUGUGCCUGGCGCUGCUGGUGCUGCUGCUGCUCGUCCUGCGAUGCCGCAGUGUCACGUUUUUCAUCUCCUGGAAUGAGUUGGUCAUGAACCCCAUCCACAACCUAUUCUCAGGCAGCAGCAAGGAGCAGCGCAUCCUGCAGUAUGUGCUGCAGCAUGCAGUGGCCGGAGACCCCCAGAGCACGCUGGACACCAUCGACACCUACUGCUUACACAAGGAAUGGGCCAUGAACGUGGGUGACAAGAAAGGCCUGAUAGUGGACGCCGUGGUGCAGGAGCAGCGCCCCUCCACGUUGCUGGAGCUGGGGGCCUACUGCGGCUACUCAGCCGUGCGGAUGGCCCGCCUGCUGCCGCCCGGCGCCCGCCUGCUCACCAUCGAGAUUAACCCCGACUACGCCGCCAUCACCCAGCAGAUGCUGGACUUCGCGGGCCUGCAGGACAGGGUGACCGUUAUUGUCGGGGCAUCCCAGGACAUCAUCCCCCAGCUGAAGAAGAAAUAUGACGUGGACACGCUGGACAUGGUCUUCCUUGACCACUGGAAGGAUCGAUAUCUGCCAGACACGCUCCUCCUGGAGGAGUGUGGCCUGUUACGAAAGGGGACAGUGUUGCUGGCUGACAACGUAAUCUUCCCAGGAGCACCAGACUUUCUGGCAUACGUGCGUAGGAAUAGCCGCUUUGAGAGCACAUUCUUCUCCUCCUACCUGGAGUACUCAGAGGUGGUGGAUGGCCUGGAGAAGGCCGUGUACCUGGGCCCAGGCAGCCCAGCGCUGCCCUGACUUCCUGCUUGCUCCGGGUCAGUCGCCAAGUCUGGUUAUGAAGGGUGUGCUGGAUAUGCUGCUGCCAGCCCCACUUCUGUAGUUCUGGGAUCUGUCCACACUUGAGGCCGGGGCCAGCCCACCCGGGCCCCUCUGGCUGUCUCACGCUGACCCACCCUGAGGGCAACCUGAUCGCAGUGCAGAUCGCUGCAGUACAUCUGAAAAGUAUCUGUAAACAACAAUUCAGGGUAGCUGGUGCCUGUGACCACGUCACUCAGCCCCACGAGCAUUCCAGUAGGGUUCCUUCCAUGGGCAGGUUCUCAGACACAGGAUGUGGAGGAAGUUGGGAACCCGUUGCAGCUUUGGCUAUGUAUGCACUGUCUGUCCUUGAGCUUUGCACUCACCACCAGGUGGCAGCACUGCCUCAGUGAUAGCUCUGCAACCAACAGCAGGUCACACCUUUGAUCCCUACAAGUUUUUUCAAGAAUGAAAUGCAGCUUCACUAAAAUUGUUUGACUGUUAAUAACCUUAUACACUAAUAUCAUGAUUAAAGAAUACUAAACUAGUAAUUAAAGAUCUCAAUACAUAUUUGGAUAUAA